UUGGACCACACGUGAUUCAGUGUUCCGCCGAGAUCGAUACAAACGUCUAACCAAAACUGGCCGCCCUAACAGCUCAACACUCGCUCUUACCAAGCGUGAAGUCGACUGCACGAUUGAGGUUUCGGUGACACCUGUGCGCUCGGAUGGUGUGCAGGGAAGAACUGUGACAACAAGGUCGGAUGGUGUCGUUUCUGCUGGUAUUCCUCAAACUAACUUCUUGAACGUUGUGGGUGAGCCUUUGGUUGGUAAUACCCUGGAGCUGGAAGUGGAGUACUUUGGUGGCGAGCCCGGCGAACCGAUCAUUGAGUGGGAGCGUGAGGUACCAGGGACAGAGAACUUCGAAGUGGUUGAGACCGGUGUGCGCAAUUACACGGUUCAGAAGGAGGAUCAGGGAAGGUUGAUUCGCGUAACGUACACACCGGUACGCGUGGACGGUACUCCUGGAGAAGCGAAGAGCCGCAUCGUGCAGGUGCCAGAUGAUGGAGCGGAUGAGAAGGAAGAGGAGAAAGAAAUAAAGAAGACUUCAGAGGAGCCUGUGGUGACUCGUCAUGUGGAUCCGGGGUUCGCUACGGCAACCCAGGAGCUGGAGGCAGCGGCGGCAAAUGUCGCUUCAGAUGAAGAGACGGAGUCAAUGAAGAAGGAUGAGGAAAAUAAGGAUGGCCCUGAAAAAGAGGCAGGGGAUGUCGUUGCCUCCAACCAAAAUGCGGACGAGGGGUCUCAACUCAAUUCCGCUCAGGCCAAGUGA